CAAAACUCUACAUAACACGUGGCUUCCUCUUUUCCGUACUUUUCCUUAUUAAGUCGGCAAUCUCCUCUUAUAAAUCUACGUUUUUCCUUCUAAUUUCGCAUCAAAUUUCCAAUCGUCUUUUCUUUUAAUAUUUGUUCAAAGCUUUCGAUUAUAAAUCCCUCGCGAAAGAUGCAGAUCUUUGUGAAAACUCUUACUGGUAAGACCAUCACCCUCGAGGUGGAAAGCUCCGACACAAUUGAUAAUGUCAAGGCCAAGAUCCAAGACAAGGAAGGGAUCCCCCCUGACCAACAGAGGCUUAUCUUCGCCGGGAAACAGCUUGAGGAUGGCCGUACCCUUGCUGACUACAACAUCCAAAAGGAGUCCACCCUCCACCUUGUCCUUCGUCUCAGGGGUGGCAUGCAGAUCUUCGUAAAAACCCUUACUGGCAAGACAAUCACCCUUGAGGUUGAAAGCUCUGACACAAUUGAUAAUGUCAAGGCUAAGAUCCAGGAUAAAGAAGGGAUCCCCCCUGACCAACAGAGGCUUAUCUUUGCCGGUAAGCAACUUGAAGAUGGUCGCACCCUUGCUGACUACAACAUUCAAAAAGAGUCUACCCUCCACCUUGUGCUUCGUCUCAGGGGUGGCAUGCAAAUAUUUGUCAAAACCCUUACUGGCAAGACAAUCACCCUUGAAGUGGAAAGCUCCGACACAAUUGAUAAUGUCAAGGCCAAGAUCCAAGACAAAGAAGGUAUCCCUCCUGACCAACAGAGGCUUAUCUUUGCUGGUAAACAACUGGAGGAUGGCCGCACCCUUGCUGACUACAACAUCCAGAAAGAGUCUACCCUCCACCUUGUCCUUCGUCUUAGGGGUGGCAUGCAGAUCUUUGUAAAAACGCUCACUGGAAAAACCAUCACUUUAGAGGUGGAGAGUUCUGAUACAAUUGAUAACGUUAAGGCCAAGAUUCAGGACAAGGAGGGCAUCCCACCAGACCAGCAGAGGUUAAUUUUUGCUGGGAAACAGCUUGAAGAUGGCAGAACCCUUGCAGACUAUAACAUUCAAAAGGAGUCUACCCUCCAUUUGGUGUUGCGUCUUCGUGGUGGUAUGCAAAUUUUUGUGAAGACCCUCACAGGAAAGACUAUUACCUUGGAAGUUGAGAGUUCUGAUACGAUUGACAAUGUAAAAGCAAAGAUUCAGGACAAGGAGGGAAUUCCCCCGGAUCAGCAGAGGUUGAUCUUUGCUGGGAAGCAGUUGGAGGACGGUCGAACUCUAGCUGACUACAAUAUCCAGAAGGAGUCUACUCUGCAUCUUGUCCUUCGCCUCCGUGGUGGUUUCUGAUUUGGGUCCUGUUAACCAUUCUGCCUUUGGUGUUGUCUUGUUUUCUUUUUAUUUCAUGAUGUUUAGCCAUUAAAGUGGCAAAACCUUCUAUUAGUUGAAGAUCCUUGUGUUUUUUAUUUUUAAGGUAAUGAUACUUUGGUGUGAAGUGGUUAGAGAGCCACAACUCAGUUACUAUAUUAAAUAAGGUUCGGACUAUUUCAUAA